AUGGUCUCCGCCGAUCAGCUCGAUUGGCCAGAGUGUCUGCCUCGACAGCAGACUCCCACGCCCCGGCCACGCUUCGUCGGUCGGCCCGAUUUCGCUUCUAGGAUUUGGAACAGUGGAAAGAUUCUUUCAGUGUCUAGCUCGCUAGAUGUCUUCAAGAGUGCGAAACCUUUAUCCGUUUGCACGAUUCACGAUAUGGCGCGCGAGUCAUCUUCGAAGGGAUCGGGCUCGCGGGCACCAUGGGGAAUUCUCCGUGAUGAGUACCGACAGGAAGCGCCGCAGGAUUGCAUGAUACCAGACCAUUAUCAUGUAUGCUUGUGCGAGGGAUCCAUACCUUCUCCGACGGGAGGCCGUAGAUCGCCGACCGUUCGUUCAAGCAGACCGUGGCGUAGUAUGCGGUUGAGUGAUCCAAUUCGCCAAAAACGCACCAUCGAAUCUUUCGAUGAACAAAUUGCUGACGGCAGCCGCAUGCUGCGAAUUCAGGCUGUGUCGAUGCUUUGA